AUGAAUGAAGAAAGUAUAUGUACAUUCAGUUCUGUGACAGAUGAUGUUGAUGAUGAUUCCUCCAUUAGGAAUCAGAAAAUUUUAGAGAAAGGAGGAUUUUAUGAGGAGAAGGAAAGUGCAAAAAAUUGGUUUGCUGUUGAGAAUAUAAAAUUAAGAAAUAAAUUAAAAAAACUCAAAUAUAAAUAUGAAAAACUACAAAGAAACUUGAAUAUGAAAUACCAGCUACUAAAAAACAAACAAGACAAGGCGCGGAAUGAAAACUUGUACCUAGAAAUUGACAAACUCCUAAAGAAAAGGAGGAAAGGAAAAACAUACAAGAAUUCAAAUAUUCAAACAGAUAUAACUUUUUUAAACAAUCGAUUUAUAACAUGGGAUAGUUAUUUUGAAGAUAGUGAAAUUCAAAAAUGUUCUAGUGACGGGGAUGCAGAAAUAUUAAAAAAAAGAAGGCUAUCAAAAAAUAUUAAUACACUUAAAUUUACUAAUGCUUUCGAACAUAUAACUAAAAAAUUUAAUAAUAAUGAGACAUAUAAGAAAAAAAAAGAAAAAAUUAUAUAUCAUACUCCAGAUGGGAAUAAGGAUUAUUAUAUAUCUAUAAAAAAUGUGAAUCAUAGUAACAAUAAUAAUGAUAAUAAUAUAUUUAAGCAUCUUGAAGAAUACAUCAACAAAAAAAAUGCUUUCAUUCAUAAUAAAAAUGAUGGAAUAUAUAAAAAUGAUGGAAUAUAUAAAAAUGAUGGAAUAUAUAAUAAUGAUGGAAUAUAUAAAAAUCGUGGAAUAUAUAAUAAUGAUGGAAUAUAUAAAAAUGAUGGAAUAUAUAAAAAUCGUGGAAUAUAUAAAAAUCAAUUUUUAUAUAACUUUUAUACAAAUGAUGAUGUAAUUUAUAUAAAACAAAUUACAGAAAAUCAUUCUAAUAACCUUAAAGACAUAAAAUUAAAAAAUAAGGUUCAUACAAAUUAUAAUCAAUUAAAAGAAACUAAUCAUCAUUAUAUUAACAAUACAGAUUGUCAAAAUGAAAAAAUUAAUCAAAUAAAUAAUUCUUUAUUAUAUAAUAAACAAUAUCAUUUAAUAAAAAGUAAUCAUAAUAUUAGUACAUCUGAAAAUAUUCAGAAGGAUAUAAAAAAUAUAAAAAAUAUGAAAAAUAUAAAAAAUCAACAUAAUAACCAUUUUAUAACCAAUCAGGUUAAUAUAAAUUCAGAUACUAUAAUAAACAAACAAACUAAAAAAGAAGAAGAAGAAAAUAAUACAAAAAAGAAAAAAAAAAAAAAAAAAAAAAAAUUUCUUAAUCAAUUUAAUAGAACAAAUAUACAUAAUCAUCAUAACUUAAGUUGUGAUAAAUUCAAUAUAAAAAAAAAAAAACAGACAUAUAAAGAUGUACUUUUAAAAAAUAUUAAAAUGAAAGUGAAACAAACUUGUAAAAAUAUUGUAAAGGUAGAUGAAAAUUAUUCAAAUCAAAUAAACCAAAUACAAUGUAUUAAAACAGUUCCUGAAAAUAUUCAAGGAGGAAAUCUUAAACAUUCAUACAACACAUUCGAAUUUUUAAAAAAUUGUGACAAGCAAAAGGAAAUAAAUAAUAAUCAUAGUAGUAUAGAUAAUGUUGAUCAUCAAAUGAACAACACAAAUUGUUUAACCACAAACGAAAUAUUAUCAACCAAAAAUAAAAAAAAAGAUCUUUUUAAUAAUCAAAAGUUUUUCAUUAAAAAUAUGUAUCUCAAUCAAAAUGUAUUACAAUCACAAUUGAGGAAUCAGCAGGAAGAUGAAAAGUGUCGAUAUCAAGAUGAAGGUGAAAAGUAUCGAUAUCAAGAUGAAGGUGAAAAGUAUCGAUAUCAAGAUGAAGGUGAAAAGUAUCCAUAUGACGAUAAAGAUGAAAAGUAUCAAUAUAUUGAUAAAGAUGAAAAGUAUCAAUAUAUUGAUAAAGAUAAAAAGUAUCAAUAUAUCGAUAAAGAUAAAAAGUAUCCAUAUGAUGAUAAUAAGGAAGACCAAAGUGCUCUCCUGACAAAUAAAAUAAAACAAACAAAUAACCAAAUAACACCUCAUAUAAAAAAUAUAAAGAAAAAUAAAAGAAAAAAAACCAGUGAUAUUACUAAUAUGAACAAAGAGGAUUCCAAUUUGAAUGAAAAUAUAAAUAAUAAUUCUUAUCAUAAUUCCUUUAAUAUAGACGAUUCAGAUAUUAUUUUGAAUGAAAACAAUUUUGUUUUUAAUAAUAUUGAUAAAAGUAUUGAAGAUAUAAAAAACAUUUCCUUACAAUACAAAAAAAAGGCAUUCCUUUUCUACUUAUAA